AUGACUUUUGGGUGGUCUAAGAGGCCAUACACGGCACCGUUCCUGAGGGACAUGGUGUACAACGCAGAUUUACACAUAGAAGAUGAAAAAGUCAGAGGAAACACACUAACUAGACCAAGAUUUAAUAAACACGUGGCAUUCUCGAGGAAGUUGUCAACACUGCCACUAUCGACGGAGUCGUCGGGACUGUUCGAUGGAAACGGCGGAUGCACGAGCACGCUGGACGUGAAGUCACUGAUGCCAGCGACGACAUUCGGAGACCAAUGCUCAAACAAAAUGCCAGGCACAGACAUAUUAUUCAUGCCGAAACCGUCGCAGUUGCUAGCAUUCGCACUGCCAGUGUUCGUGCUGAUGCCAAACCUAACAGUCUUCGCAAGGCACUGGUUCUUCUACGCACCAAAGUAG